AUGAGCUUCGACAGCAUUCAUUUCACGAGGUGCGAGUCAUGGUGCUACAGUCCAGAUUACAUUCAAGCUGCGAACAAGACCAAAGUUCGAAACUUUCUGCAUACUGAACCUUACCCGGAUGCACCACUGGACCGUCUUUUCCCCACCUGGAUAAGGGCUCUUUCUCUCUGCACUCCCAACGCUUGGACUGACCAGACAAAUCCGCUCUACGACGAGUCUGAAGUCAAUGCUGAAUACUUUGGCGACGACAAUAUUGCAAUUGUAACGACAGCAUUGCUGCACGAUCCAUACCUGUAUCCGUAUGGGCCCCUCGCGCUCAACUAUGGUGGUCUCGGAAUGGUAAUAGCCCACGAGAUCACGCACGCAUUCGACGUUACAGGCAUUGAAACUAUCAAAAAGCGUCAAGAACCUACAGAACUGUGGCUCUUCAACGAGUUCAAAGAGGAAUACACUAAAAGGGCACUCUGCUUGAGGCAUGCGCAUAAAUCCGUCCUGUCUUCAAGCGGCCGUCAGGAGGCACUGAACGCCACAGCAGACUCGGAAAACCUGGCUGACCUCGUGGGAACAAUGAUUUCGUACGCAGCCUUCGAUUCGCUGCCCGCAAAAUACAAGCGCGGAACACUAGCCGGCCUCGACAUGUCAGCGGAGCAGCUGUUCUUCAUCAAUACUUGCACGAAAUGGUGUGCUCAGCGCAGCAGACCAACAGAAGACUACGCACCAUACCGGUCUCGGUGUAUAGUGCCCCUUAUGAACAUGCCCGAGUUCUCCACAGCCUUUCGCUGCGCGGCAGGAUCACCCAUGAAUCCGCGCAAGAAAUGCGCAAUUUGGUAGUAAACAGUAUGCGGUACAUUCGGCUGGCAAACCCUGUGCCAGUCACGUCGUUUCAUAUGCAUUUUUCUAUUAUACCAAGUAGACAAAGUUUCAUUGACAAUAAAAUGACA